GACACCAGAGGGACACAGAGGGACACCAGAGGGACACAGAGGGACACAGAGGGACACCAGAGGGACACUGAGGACCCAAAUCUGUCCCAGAACCUCCGAGCUUCUUCAGGAUGGGACUGCUGAGUGUGGAAGAACUGGUCACCGGUAAGAGGUCAGAGGUCAGAGAGCCCAACGACUUCCCGGGGGGCGAGUACGAGGCGGCGAAGCGGGAUGACCGUCGGUCGCUCCAGGAGCUGCCGGGGGGAGGCGGAGCUUCGGAGGAGGAGGUCAGCGUGGUGGCUCUGAACACGGACAGAAGUGGGAGGCUGAAGCUGGAGACGGUGGACGACCUGUUCAACAUCCUGCAGCUGAGGAAGAGGAGGAAGGAGAGGAAGUCUUCUGUGUUCAAGAAAACUGAACCGGAACCAGAGACAGUGCCAGAAACGGUGGAUGAGCAGCUGUUCCUCACGGCGGUUAUGGAGAACAAACUUCCUGUGGUGGAGAAGUACCUGGCCGACGGAGGAAACCCAAACGCAGCCGAUAACUUUCAGAGAACUGCUCUGCACAAAGCUUCCUUCAAAGGACAUGUGGAGGUGAUGAGAAGACUUCUGGAGGCCGGCGCUGCCAUAGAGCAGAAAGACAAGGUCCUACUCUCCCUCCUUCUGCCUCACACACCUCCUUACACACUCAGCCUGACAGUGAGGUGUGUGUUUGUGUUGCAGCUGGAGGCCACAGCCGUCCACUGGGCCUGCAGAGGGGGCAGCCUGCCAGCCCUGCAGCUCCUGCUCCACCAGGGAGCCAAGUUCACCAGCAGAGACAAGAGCACGCCUCUUCACGUCGCUGUGAGGACCGGACACUGCGAGUGCGCCGAGCAUCUGAUCCACUGUGGAGCCGACGCCAACGCCAGAGACAGAGACGGAGACACACCAAUGCACGAUGCUGUGAGGAUAAAUCGAUUCAAGAUGAUCAGGCUGCUGAUGAUGUACGGCGCCAGCCUCAGCACCAAGAACAGCGAUGGAAAAACUCCAAUGGAGACGCUGUAUUCCUGGCAGAACGGAGCCAAGAGCCUGCUGUGCAACUUCAACGAGGAGAAGCCCUGAUGGCCUGGACCGUCUGCAGGAAGCAGACGGUCCAGGGAUCUGAACCGGCAACCCGCCGGCUCGUUAGACCUCUGGUCUCCAUCAGGGAACGCUCACCGACAAUGUGAAGUCCAGGCAGGAAGAGUUUCAUCUCUUCAGAGUCAGCUGGACGCUGCUGGUCGGCGUCCAGCUGACAGAAAACGAUUUCUUCAGUUUUUCUUUAUUUAAUAUUGAGCUGAGUUGAGUUCAGUGACGAUGAAGGUGAUUAAUUUAUGGAUGAAUGAGACAUUUAUUUAUUGUCAGAUGUGAUUUAUCUAACAGUGAGCAGCUUGUUGUGUUGCACCUGAAGCAAAUUGUCUGCUUUUGUGCUGUUUAAGGGAAAUAAGUCAGAACGAAGUAAGUUUGAUCUCCAGGUUGGUCAGAAUCUCUCCUUUCCUUCUGUUUUUAUUGAUUCUGAUGAUCAGUAAAUGUAAAGUAGAGCCGUCCAAAAGGUUCUCCUGUUAGGAUAUUCAGGCUCCACCUCCAAUCAUGACGCUGGUGAACAGAGACACAGAGCUGGAACGCUGCUGAAGGUUCAGAGGAAGUUUGACAUGUAAAGUUAUUGAAACAAAUGGAUUUUGUAAGAUGUCUGUAACUGUUGGUUUUUAUUGACUGAAAUAUAAAUAUUUAAUAAACUUGUCUUUGAUUUGAA